CCGACCGCGGAUCGACGGUCGGCGCUUGACUUGACCGUCAUGGCGUCGUCGCGACUAUUGGUGUGAUCUCGUGCUCGCAACAACACAGGGAUUUGCAUAUCGUGGUGUGCCUCCACUUGGAAUCCGGAAUUCCCGACGUGUCGCGAUGCCGUUCGCCCGAACGUCGCCGAGGAUCGCACGGGUGUGAAUGACAACGAGCGCGGAGCAAAGGCAAAAUGUCGUACAGGACUAGAAAGCGAAAAGAGGUCGAGGAGCGAAAAACAAACGAUGGGGAGCAGGACAAUUUUUUCACCGACGAAAUGAGGGAGGAAAUGGAAACGAUGUGGGAGAUACCACAAAUUUUCCAUUUCCUCUAUUUAACGAAGGAAUCUCUUAACAUACCCCAGUUAUCCUUAUACGAAAUGGAAAGAAUGUUGUUGAUUCCGAGGGCCUCUAAACAACUGGCAAAUAUCAUGACGUGUUUGCUGAGUUCCCCGACCACCAAAGCAAAGCUACGCAAGGUACCACCGAUGCCAUAUGAAUUUUGGACCAACAUUCUCGCGUAUAAGAUGACGAGCUGGUUUAAAGUUUAUCGCGCGAAGCAUAAAGACACAACCAAAGUUCUAGAAACCAUUGGCGUUGAACCGGAAUUCUGGAACGUCUUUCCCGAAAGUUCGAUGCUCGAUGGCAAAGACUUUGAAGAUCUUAGCUUCAAACAACGGGUCUGGUUGCUGAAAACCGUCUGUGAUACAAUUAUGCAUACUAGAAAAACGGUUCAGGAGGAUAUGAUGAACCAACGAUGGGAGGAACAGUUUGAAACGGUUUUAGGAACCGAUCGUAACGGGACGAAAUAUAUUUACUUUCCUCAAUUUAUGUCGAACGAUUUCAGAAUCUACAGGCAUUCCCUGGACAAUAAGAUCUUAUCGUCUGUCAAGCCUGUCGGACAAGAGCGAGAGUUGGAAAGGAAUAAAUUCAUUAGAUACAGGAAGAGAAAAUUGCAAACACGCAACAAUUUGUCCGAUCGCAGAUCGAACAGUCAUGAGAAUAGAAACGACGACAAGGAUCUCAGUAAUAAUGAUAGCGCCACGGGUUCGUUUAUCAGUGAGGAUACGAAUUUGAGUAGUACCAGCACGUGCAGCAACAAUAACAACAACAACAUAAGCCUGGACGCCAUAAGCAGGAAGCGUCGCAGGAGUUUGUCGAAAAUGUCCGAGGAAAGUUCGCUGUCGAACGCGAGAUCCAGCGGCUACGACACCCACACCUCCAGCGACAACAAGUCUGUCGACGACGAGUCGUCGCGGAUGUUCAAGGGUUUCUCCAAUACUCAGAAUGACAAUUGCAAUAUAGAGAUAAUUAAUGAAAUGUUAGAUGAUUUGAAAACGGAAAUCAACGAGGAGAAGAGAGCGAGCGAGUGCGAAAACAAUAGCGAAUUAGUGUCGCAGGAGAACUUUGUAGAAUUGUACAAAAAUACCGCAGUAUCCCAUAGUGAAGCGUUAGUUAACGAAAAAGAUGAACUCGAGAGAUCGAGCGAUAACUUAUCCAAUAGUUCAAAGACGGACGACGAAAAGCUGAAUGAGAUAAUUAAUGCCGAGAGUACCAAGUUACCUGAUGACGUAUAUUCCAAAAGUAUUUCCGCCAGUGAUAAUGUAAGUGAUAUCUCAAUGUUGACAUCCAAAUCGGAUGACGAGAAACUCAGUGAAACGAUAACUAGUGAUAGUAACGUUAGCGCGAGUGAGAACAGUUUAAAUAGAAAAAGAACUUUUAAUGACUUUUACGCAUCUUCCUCUGUCAAUAAUACGUCAUUAAGUGACGAAGUGGCUAGGCUGGGUCUUGAUGAAACGCCAUCGGUGAUGGAAGAGAAAUUGAAUAACUCGAUUGAAAAAGGAGAUAAUCUGGAAAAAGGGAUAAAACUGCGAUCUCGAGAUGUAGUGAAGCAGUCUAAUGAAGAACACCCAACUGAGACGAGAGAUGAGGUGAAAGAGGAACAAGCGUCAGAAGACGAUGAAAUGAAUGAGACAGAUGAAGAAAAUUUCUCCGCAAGUGAAACGCGACAGACAAGCGUGGAAUAUGAUUUGGACGAUUACGUGAACAGUACCGACGCCGGUUACAAUUUGCGAAGCUCUGAGAAUCAGACAGAAUGCAAGCAACGUUUCGACAAGAUGUUGUCCGAUCUCAGCGUUUCCGACUUUUACCUUGUGGCCGACAGUGUGGAAGAGUUAAGGAACCUUAUUGCCAGUUUUUCAGAGAGCGAUUCGGAAAGCAAUAAUUCCAAUAACGCGGAAAUUAUUCCUUUGUGUGAAGUAAAGUUGGUAAAGAAGUUGACUGAAUUAUUAAGUUCUGUGGAACCAACAGAGACGUUUCUGAAGGAUACACUGCGAAGAGCAAGGGCAAAACUUCAAAGGGAAUGGUCUAAUUUUAAAGAAGGCAGUGUGGAGGAUCAGGACUCAUCCGGUGAGAGUGGUCUCAGCUCUAAUUGGUGGGUUCUUGGAUCACAGGGCAGGGAUCCACUCUCAAUCCCCGGAGACGCAACGUUACAAACGUUACCGCAAUCUGCCCUAUCCUCACUUGGCACCCAAAAUACGCAAAAACAGUCGCGACAAGUCGAGAACGAGCACGAAAGCACGGCCAAAGAUUCUAAGCAGAAUGACCACCACGAGAGCGGGGAGGCGAGUGACGAGCAGCAAAACGGCGGAAGCGACAAGAAACGGUCGGACGAUAAAACGUCACCGGGAGGUGACCACCAGGUCGUGGAGGAAGGAGACAAACGGGAAGACAAGCGAUCCAAGGAAAACGAGAUCGCGUCAAACGACGAAGAUGCCGAGGAGCAAACGCAAUACAGUAGACGAGUACUACGAGCGCGCGGCGUCUCUUCGUACACCGAACAGUCUUAUUCAGACGACGAGAUCGACGAGGACGAGCUGGAGGAAUGGACCGAUGUUGAGGCAGUGUAUGCGGCUCCCGGCACACAGGCCAAUACAUCCGCUUCUCACGUUGGUUCAAAAGAGCGAAACGCUGACCACUGGUCGGACGAGGAGGACUCAGACCAAGAUUGGAUUCUACCGAGCUCUCGCAAAAGGAAAAAUAAACGUUCGUCUACCAAUCGAAGAUUAAAAUCAUUCGAACAUAAGCUGCAGAAUAUCACGGAAAAUACGUCUCAGAGUAAUGCGGCGUCCGAUGUUUCUCAUUCUGCCAAUGCGAAAGUUGUCAAAGAUAAGCUGAAGGAUAAACUUAAGGACAACAGGAUCAAAGAACCUGAAAAUGCGGCUGACUCGCGAAUCUCUGGUAACGCCGUUGCGGCGAGCAACAAAAAUCCUAGGAGAGCAGUGCCUUCCACGGACGCGGUUUGCAAGCUCGAAUCUAUCAAGAGUGUACACUCGGAGCUUGACAUCAAGGAUGAGAGUCCGAUGUACGAGUCCCACCCGACGAGCCAGCCGUACGAGCAGAGCAACUACGCACCCGCGAAUCAGUCGCAACAGUAUUAUUACAUGAUGCCGCAGAACACUGGAAUCGUGCCCCAGGGGACGAUCAUCCAGGGCGUCGUGCCGCAAGCUCCGCACACGGGCUACUACGUGCAGCAGCCCUACAUGAUGCAGACUACGCAGGGCAAAUAUAUAUCCGUCGCUCCGCAACAACAGCAGCAACCUGUUGUUUAUCAGCAGCAAGGUCAUCCGCAGAUGAUGGCCCAGCCGUACGUCAACAAUGCGAAUUACGUGUCCUACGUGGCGGUUGCGACGCAGCCUCAAGAGUACAUAAUUGCACCUGGGCCAAUGACGGCAGCUCAGCCGAACCCGCAGAAUCCGGUUCAGUAUAUUCCCAGGGCGCAAAACAGGCAGAGUAACAACAGACACUUGGCGCCGCGACCAAAUCCGCAGCAUCCUAACGGGCUGGCGACAAGAAGCAACAGCACCACGCCUGUCAGAGGUCAGAGGCCUACCGCAAACUCGAGAAACGCGAGAGGCGACGCUGCUCCGCCGAGGCAAAGGCGGAGAACGUCACAGCCAUCCAGCGCGGAGAAUAGCGGCCAGAAGGUCACGUCCCUGAUCGUACUCAGCGACAGCGACGACGAGAUAGAGAUGAUUAUCAUGGAGAAGAAUCCCGCGGAGAAAGCAGCUUCAACCAACAGAGCCAAGUCGUCGGAGUCUCAGAUCGCUCAGUCCAGGCAGAAACCUACGAUCACCUCGGACAUCAUCGUACCCUCGACGAAGGGCAUUCUCUCGCCGCAAAUCAUUCAGCGAAUGAGCCAGGGCGGCAUAUCUAUCACGCCGGUGAAGAACAAUCCGCCGCCGGCGAACCCCAACACACAGCUGGUGGUGGUCGUGAACGACACCGGAAGUCACUACGCCUUGGCGCUGCCCAACGGCAGCAAGCUCAUACUUACUCCGGAGCAGGUGGCGCAGAUCAGGGCCUCGAACGGAGGGAAACUGAUUUUGUAAUCGUGUAAUACCGACCAUUAUUACCCGGGUUACCCAAAUCGCGCGUGUCCUCGUUCCGUUUCCUAAUUUUUCGCCAUCGACAACGUAUAAAUGUGAUACGCGCGAGCCGACAAAUUUUAUCCACACUGUCGAUUUUAGUCAUUAGGUUAGACUGCAAAGACAAAAGUUUAUUGACACAAUUACACGAUCUAAUCAUACGAUCGCGAAUGUUUGAAAGAGAAUUAAUUUAAAGAUUAGACGAUAUCUUCCGUUACACAUAUUAUGUACAAAGAAUACUUAAAAAAAAUAUUUUUUAAUUCUAACCGUGUUUUCGCAAUGUAUAGUUUAUACUUAAGUGUAGUAUAAUAAGAAAUAGAAAUGAAGCCGGAGAGGGACAAAACUUCUAUUAAAACUUUUUCGUAUCUCUUUCAUAUUAUUGAAAGAAAUCGUAUAUUGGGCCGUAUUGAUAAAAUUUUCGCAAAUAAAGCCAUGUGUUUAAUAUAUAACAUUUAAUAAUAUAUAAUUGCAAAAUAGUGCAAAACAUUGCAUUGUUGUAUUUGUAAAAAAUGCAAAAAAUGCUUUUUAAUUCUCUUUAAUAAAGAGCAUUGCGAAUCGUAAUUGCUUCAUAUACAUGAUGGAUGCACAUGAAAUGAAAUUCGAAUUAAACACUCAUAUCUUUAAUUUUGUACAAUGAACAGAGCUGAAACAAUAUUCUAUCUAGCGGACAUCAAUAUCUAGAAUUUUAUGAAAGUUUCAUGAAUUUCCUAGAAAAGAGGUAUUGAGUCGACUAUAAGUAAAUAGAGAACUGAUUUUUGCAUGAUAACAAAAGCUGCUGCAAAAUAAAUUACUAAAUUAGUAAUUUUGCACAAAUUGAAAAAUUAUAAUUUUUUGCGUUUUUAUGUUUCUAAAUUCUAAUAUUAUGUUAAUAUGUUUGAUAAUUAAAAAAAAGGCAAUUAAACUUUUAUUGAGAUAUCUCAGUUUUCAUGAUUGUCCUUUAUAAAUUGUGCUAAUACAUAUUAAGUAUUAAUACAUAUUUAGUAUUAAUACUGUAAUUAAGUGCCGCGACACGAAUGCAUUCAAUUUACAUGGGAAAACAUGUUCUUGAAUGUCAUCGGAAUGAAUGUGCGUCGAUUCAUAUAAAUCUAUGUGAACGCAUUGGCACGGCACAAUAUCGAAUAAUGUACAUUUCUCAUGUAUUGAUUACAGAUAACAAUAUAUAAAAAAACAAUA